AUGACGGCACCAGUGUUGGGGGCUACCAUGCUAACCAUUGCGCUCCACCUCGUCACCUCUGGAAGCCUGGCAACGAUACCGGAAGGAGCAAACAAGCACGAGCACGCGGUGUUGUGCGAAGUACUAGCGAUUGUAGAUGCCGACCUCGACAUACCCCCACAAGAAAGUGUCGACGAGGCAAGCUACAACAAAAUACGUAACCUCAAUUUUUCGACAUCGACGACCGACUGGCGGAAGACGUUCUACUCAGACGACGCUCUAACGAAACCCCACCCAGAGGCCCAGCCGGCGCACAAGAAAAUAGCAGACUACGCCAAAUACUGGCCAGACUGGCAUGGGGCGGCCACAGCAUUAGCAGCAACGAAGAAACCAGACGAGGUUGAGAAAGCCAAACUGGACGAGCUAACACACCAGAGCCGGCAGAUAGCACACGCCCGCGUACGGGCUAUAGCAGAAACAGCUCGGGCGGCUAAAGAAAAGGCGCUACAAACAGCCGGCGAAGCCGAAGUAAUCGACAAGGCGGAGGAGCUGAAAGCACUGAAAACAGUUUUUUUCGGAGCAGAUUCCGCAGCGGCGGCGACGGUAACGACAACAAAUGCGUUCGGCACGGGAACAAUCAACGCCCGGCAAACAGCAUGCGAGGCAGACCCAGCAGAUGGCAAGGCGAAAACUCUAGUCGCACAGCUAAUGUGCGUAUGCACAAAAGCGACUCAAGGGUCGGCCCUCAGCAAAGCAUGCACAGCGGCAGCAGACGGCAGCCAGGGAUGGAACAGCGGUUCGGGGUCUCCCGCUGACACUGACGCCAGCGCAGUCGCCAAAACGUGUGCAAACACCGGAGAGAGCAAGAUAACCGCCACGCGCUUGCGACAAGCAAUAACCAACGUCGCAAAACUAGUACACCUAACAAGCGACGGUACCGGCUACAUCGGCGUAUACCAAGCAACAGGUUGCACCGGGGCCGACAACGCCGGCAUGUGCGUCAAGAUACCAAACUAUAAAUCGAAUCCUACAGACGGGAUUAAAAAGCUACAGUGGACAUCAACCCUGGAAAACCUCGCUAACAAACUAGAAGCUAGAACCAGGUACAACACCAUUAUCUCUAAACUAAACGAACAGCUACGAUCCAGCUCAGAGCAAGCCGAAGAAACUAUUCAACUAACAAAGCGAGAAGAAGCCGCUAGAUCAACAGCCACCAAAGAACAAACUCAAAAGUCCACCACAGCGACUCAGGCGCAAAACACCCUCAUUAAUGAGUGCGAAAAAAUAACCAAAGCAGCGCAAUGCAAGGAAAAAAAGCCGGCAUGCGAAUGGCAAAACAAAGCCGCCGAAGAUGGCCCCCACUGCAAAUUGAAUGCGACGAAUGUAGAACAACAAGCAACUCAAGCAGGAACAGGAGAUGGAGCUGCAGCAACAACAACAGAUAAGUGUGGUGCGGCAAAAACUCCUGAGGAAUGUGCUGCAGUAAAGGGUGAAAUUCCGAAAGAUAAAAAAGCUGUUUGUGGUUGGAUUGAAGGCAAAUGUCAGGAUUCCAGUAUUAUUAUCAAUAAGAAAUUCGCCCUCAGCGUGGUUUCUGCUGCUUUUAUGGCCUUGCUUUUCUAA